GUGGAGUUCAAUUAUCUAAAAAUAGCAUAAUCAUAGGAAAACGGAUAGCAAGGAUAAGAAUCAAAGAAAACAAUUCUCGAUGCGUUUUCUCUCUCGGGUACCAUUUUCGAGGACAACUUCCCAAUCAAACUUUCCGACGUCGGUGGAGCUCUUACUCACCGGCGUCAGAAGAUCCCAAAUUGCUUCAAUCUCUAUUAUCUUUGCAUCACUUUUGUAACCCUUUUAAGCUUUUCUCUCCAUCUUCCCGACCACCACAACAACCUUCCAUUAAAUCCAUCUUCAAUUCUCGGAGAUCACUUAACCAUACCCUUCAACGUUGCUUCACUCCGUCGAUCUACUUCAGUGGCAACUGUCGACGAUUAUUACCCCGCCCUAGUGCUAACGAGAUCUCUCACUUCCAAAUCUGCAGUUCCUCAACCCAAAUGGUACCGUCACUCGUCGAUCUUGAGUCUCUGGACCACUUUUGUGCCACAACUUCCGGUGAAGUUUCAUUCCACUCUGAUCUUCAACUCACCGAAGUCCUGCCGCCACAGUCACCAACUCUUCAUCGCAGCCACAGAGACACUAGGUGCGGCAUUAUGAUCCCGUCACCAAGGUGCGGUGAUUACCGCAGCUUUCUCACCUUCCAAUCUCCGUCUCCUUUGUUCACUGAGUUCUCUCUUAUGAAAUCUAUCAAUUUCAGUGAUAAAUUCCUUAUGCUCAUGAAAACCUUGAAGCUUAGCGAUUUUUUUGAGUUUGACUACAGACCCUUACUCCUUCUCAACGUCAUUAUGUCUUGUGACAAUGACCAAUUUUCCACUUCUCGGAUCGACCGAAGUUGUGUCUCCGAUUUACCUUCUUCUCGUAUGUGGCAUUGUGUUCUACAACUUUUGUCUCCGAGUUAGCAUGGUUUUAUCAUCGGACUAUUGUAUUUUUAUCUUUAUUGCUUUUAUUUUUGUUGUACUAAAGUCUGAGAAUGAUA